GAGAGGGGUUGGUAGAAAGGUAGAUCUCUUCUUCUCAUUCUUCUUCUUCACGCUUCAUCCGGGGAUCGCAGCUCCAUGGAGACGCAGUGAGUCUGUGCGGCGGAGCCCAGGAACCAAAGUAAAGUAACCGGGGGAGGGUCGGCCACGGGAGGGGGGGUGUCAGCGAGCGAGCGGUCACAAUGCGUCUUUCACGGUGCUGAGCGGUCGCGCUGCUGAACGAUGAGCCAACUUCGCCGGUCGCCUCUCAGCCGACCGAGCCACUCUUGAGCCCGCGACAGAACCCACCGAGUCCUUCCUGGCGGCGGGAGGAGAGCGAGCAUGAAGAAGCCGAGCGCCACGCUCCAUGCCGUCGGCUUGACUGGGAAAUGGUAGCGUGCUGUGGGGACCGCACUGGGAAGGAACAUGGUCGAGAGGAGCAGCAAAUUCUUGUUGAUCGUCGUCGGAUCCGUGUGUUUCAUGCUGAUCCUCUAUCAGUACGUGGCCCCCGGGGUGAUCAAUUUCGGUUCCCCGCACGGGUAUUUCACGGAGGAGGACGAGGGGGACAUCUUCCCCACUCCGGACCCCCACUACGUUAAGAAAUACUACUUCCCCGUCAGGGACCUGGAGAGGACGAUGGACUUCGAAAUCAAAGGCGAGGACGUGAUCGUGUUUUUGCACAUCCAGAAGACCGGGGGGACUACGUUCGGCCGGCACCUGGUCCAGAAUGUCCGCCUGGAGGUCCCCUGCGACUGCCGGCCGGGCCAGAAGAAGUGUACCUGCUACCGGCCGAACCGCAAGGAGACCUGGCUCUUCUCCCGGUUCUCCACCGGCUGGAGCUGCGGCUUGCACGCCGACUGGACCGAGCUCACCAACUGUGUGCCGGGGGUCCUCAACAAGAAGGAGAACAAGCUGAUGAAGCUGAGGAAGUUCUACUACAUCACUCUGCUGAGGGAUCCUGUGUCUCGAUACCUCAGCGAGUGGAGGCACGUGCAGCGGGGCGCCACGUGGAAAACCUCCCUCCACAUGUGUGAUGGACGGACCCCGACGCCCGAGGAGCUGCCCUCCUGCUACGAGGGCUCCGACUGGUCGGGCUGCACCCUGCAGCAGUUCAUGGACUGUCCGUACAACCUGGCAAACAACAGACAGGUGCGCAUGCUGGCAGACCUGAGCCUGGUCGGCUGCUACAACAUGUCCACAGUUCCAGAGAAGAAGAGGGCCCAGCUUCUCCUGGAGUCGGCCAAGAAGAACCUGAGAGACAUGGCCUUCUUCGGUCUGACGGAGUACCAGAGGAAAACCCAGUUCCUGUUUGAACGCACCUUCAGGUUGCGCUUCAUCAGGCCCUUCAUGCAAUACAACAGCACCCGGGCAGCAGGGGUGGACCUGGAUAAUACUACGGUCCAGCGCAUUGAGGAGUUGAACGAGCUGGACAUGGAGCUGUACGACUACGCCAGGGACCUGUUCCAGCAGCGCUACCAGUACACCCGGCAGCAGGAGCGGCGGCAGCAGCGCAUCAAGCUCCACAUGCAGCAGAGCCACCAGGGCCUGGGUCUGGGCGUCAGCCUGUGGCCCUCCCGCAGCCGGCAGAGCUCGGUGUCAACCCUGGAGGACGGCGAGAGGGAGGAGCGGGAGGAGGGCGAGGAGGGAGGGAGAACGGAGGAGGCCGGCAGCAGGCUCCCCACUGAGGACUACAUGAACCAGAUCAUCAACCGCUGGUAGCGGCAGAAUGAGAACAGCCACACAGACGUGCAUAUGUAAUGUGAAAUGCAUACACAUAAACACACACAUCUACACUGACAUACACAGAAGGUGGCGCCGGCAUCAAAGACCCAAACGAAUGGAAAAGACUUUACCGAGAGUUGGGCUACGGGGAUGAGAGUGGUUGCUAUGGAGACCAGGGCUUGGUCUAUUGCAUCAGCUCAUGUUACUGAGGUUUGCCCAGUUGUUAUCAGCACCUGCUUACCCCCCCCCCCCCCCCCCCUUCUGAGUGUCUCUAUCGCUCUCAUCAUCAUUAGUGACUGAGCAGACGAGAGAUAUUUUUAAGAGUUGCUGACAACCGAGUAUCUCGUUCAUCUCUCCAGCUUCCUCCUCCUCCUCCCGCCGUGUCCCCUCUCGUUCUCUGUGGCCUGAUAAUGGAGCAUGAGAAAAAUACAAAUUUUAAGUCUGUGAAUUUCCCGCUUAUCCUCGCUAAGGACCGGUCUACUUCCUGGAUGCUCCAGUUUCAAAGGAACCCGUGGAAAAGCUAUGAAAGCUCGAGUAGCUGAGCUGAACAUAGCAAACCGUGGGAGUACAUGAGAGACUGUGCCGCGAAGACAAGAAGUUGUACUGAGUUGUGUAAUAAAGCUUUUUCUGCUUCAAAAAAUCUGCCAUUUCACCCAUGAACACUCAUGAAAUAGGUACUCUCAAUCUCGGAGGAUUUCCUUUGUAUUUAACCUUUUUGUGUUUUGUUUGUUUGUUGUUUUUUUUGGCUUUUUUAAAAGCAGAAUUGUAAUAACACUGAGACCAAUAUUGCUGCCUAAAGAAAAGUGAUUCCUUUUAUUUCUUUAUUUUUGUUUUUGUAAGUCAAAGAUAAUGGAUCGGAUUUGACGUACAAACGGACCACAGCCAUUAAAUGAAGUCUUGUAUCUCGGGGGGGCAAAAAAGACAAAAAGUGGCCUGUUUCUCUGUUAAAGCUUCCCAAAGCUGCUGUCGCUUAACAAGUUCAUUAUUUCUCCUUUUCUUUUUUGUGUGCGUCUCAGUGCUGCACAGAACGAAAGCCAAUUACAGACCCCGAUCUCACAUAUAAGUGUGAAGAAAUCAAAGGGUGGGAGGGGGGGGGGGGCCUGCUGCAGGAUGUUGCCAGGACCCGUGCUGUGUGAGCGUCGAGCGCUUUGGAAGCCUUAACUCAGACCAGCGCUCGAGAUGGGAGUUGUGGAACCACUGGUCACCAUGGCAAUGUGAGCCCUUAAUGCAGUGGGUGGCAUUUCCAGUUUCUCUCUUCUUCUUCUACUUCUUCUUUUUUCCCGAUGACCAAGAGGCUGCAUUGUGAAAGCGGCCGUCUCAACACAAGCCUCCAUCCCACCUGCUGGAAGGGCGCGCACGGCGCUGGUGACCCCUGGUUCAUUAGCGUGACCGUUCAUUUCAGCUGGAUUUAGCCUGAAGAAUGCACGGGGCGAGGUAGCAGGGCCUCUAUGUACUGGGAUCCUAGUAGACAUAAUCAUUGUCAGAUAUUGUAUCUGCAUUAUACUACAGUAAUUUCUCUGACUACUUGUGCGUGCGUGCGUGUGUGUGUGUGUGCGUGCGUGUAAAUAGUAUGUACAGUAUGCCUUUGAUUGGCGUAUGUGUAUGCCUUUGUAAAUAGUGUGCCUGACAGUGAGAGGAUGUCCAAUGAGUUUUGUGAAUGACUGAUUUCAUGACCAAUUAUCUCGCCUUUUUUUCCGGGUGGCGGAGGCAACCGACAGCGCGUGACAGCGAUGCAAGCCAGUAAUACUCCCCUCUGCCCUCUCCUCCACUGCUUUCUUUCCCCCUCUCUUUUAUUGUCUCCUCCUCAUCACUUCAUCACCCAUGUUUUGUUUUGUUUUUUACUUUGAAUACCUGAAAUCUAAAAUCAACAUGUCACACAAGAACACGAAGGGUUGGGUCACGACAACUCUGUAACCAAGUUGUUUUAUCGGCGUUCACAUGUCGACAUUGGAUUCAGUUCCUUACACAAAGACGGGAAGUCAAAUAUUCCGAGUUUUCAGUUCACAGAUUAUACGAUAAAUUAUAUUUUCAUAUUGGCUUAAAUUAAAGUUGGAUGUUUGUCUUCAAACCAGCGUCUGCACUCGGCCAAAGAUGGUUUGUUCGUAAACAGGAACAAAUCACUUUGUAAACGCCACGUCACGUCUGCGAGGGAACUGUGAGGUCUCCAAAAGGACCAACACAGUGUCAACACCUCUCCAGAUUUAAUCAGUGUGGUUAGCUGAAUGUUUUCAUUGAAGAGGAUCUCUGUAGUCCUUCUGUUUCAGCAGCCUCAGCCAACAAAAGUUGGAUACAACUUAAUUUACAAAUAUUAAAAUCCGAGCCUUGUUCGAUUUGACGCUGAUUUCUGAUUCGAUAAAAUGAUUUCGUCCUCCCCCCCCCAUCCUAUUUACAAACAUAGAAUCUGAGCAAUAAGAGAAACGACAAAGGAGAAGGUGAGAGACAGAGGUUUCAAAAGUGUGAAACACUUAAAGAUGUGUUGUAGAGCAAUUAAAUCAAACUGAAUGUAGUCCAGAUUCUGUGUCAUCCAUGGAGCAAUGUGAGGGUGCAUGCAGGCAAACCGCUUCCUUGGUGUCACCAUACUUAACAUGUUGCAUCCUGUUGUUAACAAUAGUGUUGUUUGUUUGUUUUAUGAAAGAGGAGGAAAAACUAACAGUUUAACCCUUUCCCGCUGCCCUCGUUACAUUUCAGCUCAUGAUGAUUCAUGAAGAGAAGAAUAAAAGUGGGGAUGAUGAAAUGUUUUGGGACACAUCCAGACCCAAUACACUGCUUUUUGUGUAACCUUUAAAGUAAUACAAUAGGGAUGGAGAGAAUGCAUAUGGAAGGAGAGGUUCCCCCCAAACCCCCCUGUUUUCUUUUUGUUUCACAUUAACUUCCUCCUGUCAUUGUGGUCUUGAAACUGGAGACUCGAAAAACACUGCAGCUCCGGGCAUUCUGCCCACAUCUUCUUUUCUCCCUGCCGGACUCUUAUUAGACCACGUCUGAGCUCCAAACCAAUAACCUGGCUCCUCAUUAGAGUCUAACUGCAGAAAGCAAAACGGAUUCUUCAUCCAGAGAGUGCUCUAUUUUUGUCAGCGUUCCAGUUUCAAGCGACCAUGAGAUUUUUAAAGCAAUCCUCAGAAAUACUCACCUGAAGAGAGUGUGAAAGGAAGAAAGAAAGAAAAAAAAAAACCUCCCUCUUGCUGAAAUUAUUCCAGAGAUUGAUGCUGUAAAGCUAUACUCAAAUAUUUUUAAUGUCUCAUCACUAUGUAUAUCUGAUGUCUUAACAGCGUUUCGUCGUGACAAUGAAGCAACCCAGGUGUCACUGUCAUCAUCUUUCUUUUUUAUUUCUCAUUUUCUUUACGUGUUAAAAGAGAGUGUGAUAGAGACUUUGUUUUUAUUUUAUUUUUGGAUUGGUGUGCAGUCUGUCUCCGGCUCUUUCUGUAUGCAUAAUGUCUGGGUUUGUUUUCUUAUGAUUGCAAAAAUGGAUCAUCAAGCCACCAAUUAAAAUAUUUCAUUUUUACAGCUCUGA